GAAUAACCCAUCAAAGGGGAAAGAAAGAACAUAAAAAUACUUUCAACUAAGAAAAUUUGACUAUACUAUUACUAAUUAUAUUCAAAAUCAUCUUAACUCAAAUUUGAAGUUUAUGAGCUAUGGAAAGGGUAUCUUUGAAUCUAACUUUUUCUUUUGGAUUCUGCAUGUGCCCAUUAAUACUACUUUGUGGUCAGUGCCAAGGAUCAAAUAAAUAAGGCCAAUCCAUUUUUUACUCAACACCUAUAUAUAUUCAAUACUAUAUAUCACCAAAAACCAAAUGCAUUAAGGUCCCUCUAAUUAUUUAGGAUAAUUGAUUUGUUAAUAUAAGAUUUUCUUUCUCCAUUCAAGUUCUGUUCAAACAAUAGUGAACAACAUGAGAAUCAGACAUCUUCAUAUCAAGCUCAAGGCAUUUAGGUUGAAAAGGUUUCUGCUAAGAUUUCUAAGCAGAAAAAGAAGGCUGAUGCCAGCAAAAAAGCCUUCAUGGAUGACACCAGUAACACAUGGUUAUCAAGUGGUGGAACAUCAUAUGAUAAAAAAUGGUUCUGAUUACUCAGAUAUUGAUUCAAUUGUGGUACAAAGGGAGCAAAUGGAUCAAACUGAAUUGUGGUAUUUUGGAAUAUUUGAUCCAUUAGUUGGAGACAAGGUUACCAAGUACAUGCAAUCUCAUUUCUUUACAAAGAAGCUUCAAGAGGCUCAAAUAUGGAGAAAAAGCAAAGAAAUAAUGAAGAGAGCUUAUCUUGGUGUUAGGUCAAAGAUGAAAGAAGAACAAAGAUAUGAAGACACAUGUAGAAUGAGUUCAGCAUCUGUUAUGGUAAUCAAUGGAGAAAAACUUGUAAUAGCUAAUAUAGGAAAUUACAGAGUUGUUGUGUGUAGAGAUGGAAUGGCUCAUCAGAAAACUGAUACAUAUCAACAAUCAGUCAAACGACAUUGGUCUCGCAGAAUAUUUUCAGCAUAUGAAUCAGGAAAUGAAGUGGCUACAACUACAAGACAUUCUAGCAGCUCAGAACCUGUCAUCAGGAGUGAAAGUAUUGAUUCUGAUACUGAAUUUUUGAUAUUAGCAAGUAAUGGUAUAUGGGAGGUUAUGAAGAAUCAAGAAGCUGUGAAUCUAAUAAGUCAUAUAGAAGAUCCACAAGAAGCAGCUGAAUGUUUGGCAAAUGAAGCUCUAAAUAGGAUGAGCAAAAGCAACAUUUCAUGCUUAAUCAUUCGCUUUGAUUGAAGCCUUAACAUAUUCUGCCAUAAUAGCCACAGGGAUGUACCCCUUAUAGAGUGAAGACUUUGUAUGCUUAAUUGAUCCUUACAUAGUUGACCCUUUAUUACAUUAUCACUAUUGAUCAUAAUCAUGCUAUUUGUUGAUAUUUUAUGGUUCAAAUAAUUAUACAUUCAACUGACUUCAACACUUUUAGAACAGAAAAAAAAAAGAAAAAGGU